AUGGUUGAACAGAAUCCAGUUUAUGGCAAACGUCGCAUUUAUAAAAUUGUCCUGACAGGCGGUCCAUGCGGUGGAAAAACUACGGGACAAGAACGUCUUCGAACAUUUUUCGAGGAAAUUGGAUGGAAGGUAUAUACUGUACCAGAAACAGCUAAUAUACUGCUUGGUGGUGGUGUGAAAUUUGCCGAGUUAUCAAAGGAACAGUGCUACAGAUUCCAGAAAGAUAUGUUACUAGCUUUGCUGAGAAUUGAAGCGGUUUUCUUUAAUCAAGCCGAUGUAUCAAAUGCUGAACGUAUUUUAAUCAUAUGUGAUCGUGGGGCUAUGGAUCCGGCAGCGUAUAUCGACAAGAAAUCUUGGAAUGAAAUGCUAAAGGAAACAAAUUUGGAUCAGUUCAGCCUACGAGAAGAGAGGUAUGACCAAAUUCUACAUAUGACGACAGCAGCAGAUGGUGCUGAAGAGUACUAUACUUUGGCAAACAGUAAUGUAAGAACAGAAACUAUCCAAGAAGCUAUAGAACAUGACCGACGUACCCGAGAUGCUUGGCUUGGACAUCCGCGCGUUGAUGUAAUCGAGAAUGUCGGGUGCAAAUCAUUUGAUGACAAAUUGCUGAAACUAAUUGCUGCCUUGUGUAGUCGAAUGGGUCUUCCUACUGAAGAUCGAUUAGCCUUCAAUAGCAGGAAAAGAAAAUGGCUUGUUGCAUCGUUUGAUAAGAAGCGUUUACCACGUUGUGAAGUGUUCAUUGUAAGACAUAAUUAUUUGUGUACCGACGACCAAAAUGUUCAAGUUCGGUUACGUUCACGAAGUCAGCAUGGUCGGACAACAUAUGCUAUAACAACCCGGCAUUAUGAAGGUCCAGAACCAGUGGAAACUCGUAUGCAGUUGAAUUAUCGAGAAUAUAUGAAUUAUAUUAAGAUGGAAGAUCGUUCGAGAGUACCAAUCAAUAAGGAACGGAGAUGCUUCAUGUAUGGCAAGCAGUACUAUCAUUUGGAUACGUAUACUUCACCAUUACCACCAUCAUGUGAAGGGAAGCCGUUAAUGUUACUAGAAACAUAUACGACGGCCCCGGUCGGUGAUACCAGUGAACCACUGUUACCUGACUUUAUGAAUAUUUUAAAAGAAGUGACAGGUGAUUCGGCGUACAGUAUGUAUACAAUUGCCAAUCUAAAAGUAGUCAAGAGAAGCUAA